ACGUCAGCAAAAUAGUUGACAGGUGCCAUAACACCAUAACAAUUAUUCAAAUCAAUGAAAAUUGCCAAUUAAAUUACCUACAUAUCAAAAAUGUACAAUAUCAGGCAGCAUCCGAAUUUAAUAACUUUGGCAGUGGACCGAAUUAAUUAAUAUGACAUUAUUCUGUAGAUGCAGUGUGAAAUCAAAAUUAUAUUGAACCAAUAAACAUAUAUUUCCAAAUAGGAUAUAAAGCAAUAAUAGCAGACAGGAAGUUUUACGCUAAUUAUACUAGAUGCCAAAAGAAUGAAAGUUACGAAUUAAUGCACAUAAAGUGUUUGUUAUAAAAGUUUUCAGAAUUUAGUAAAGUAUGGAUGACUACAAAUUCUUGUUUAAAGUUGUUUUAGUAGGAAAUGCGGGUGUUGGUAAAACUUGUUUAGUUAGACGAUUUACUCAGGGAUUAUUUCCCCCUGGACAAGGUGCUACUAUAGGAGUUGACUUUAUGAUCAAAACAGUAGAAGUUGGAAAUGAAAAAGUUAAAUUACAAAUUUGGGACACUGCUGGACAAGAGAGAUUUAGAUCAAUUACUCAAAGCUAUUAUAGGUCUGCACAUGCCCUUAUUUUAGUUUAUGAUAUAUCUUCACAACCGACUUUUGAUUGUUUACCUGAUUGGUUACGAGAAAUUGAGGAGUAUGCUAGUAGUAAAGUAUUAAGAAUUCUUGUUGGUAAUAAAAUCGAUAGAGAAGACAGGGAAAUACCUGCACAUGUUGGGGAAGAAUUUGCUGAAAGACACAAUAUGUAUUAUUUAGAGACGUCUGCUAAAGAAUCUGAUAAUGUAGAAAAACUUUUUAUGCAGAUUGCUGAAGAUCUUAUGAAGCAAGCGAGAAAUCGAGAUCUUCCUAGAUAUGAUUCUAAUAAUCAAACUCUCGAUGGUAGGACAUCGACCAUUAACGAUUCUAGUUGUUGUAGCAGAUUACAGUAGUUUGUAAACGCGCUUUUUUUGGGUUCCAAACUAUAUAUACAGCGAUUUAUUUCAGUAUUCCACUUGAGUAAUUGCCAGAUUUUAAGAAAAUAUUAUUUUUGUUAUAACUAGAUGAAAAGAGGUUAGAACCAGAAAGUUAUUUUGUCAUUGAUAUAUUUCCUAAAUCAUUUUUUUCUUUAUUACCAGAUUGUUUACAUAUGUUUCCAUAUUUUCAUAGACAAAUUAAUAUUUACAAUAAUAACAAAAACUCAAUAAUAUUUUUCGGUGUCAAUACGUAUAACAUUUUUGGGUAAGAUUCAGACUCUCCAGUAUUUCCAAAAAAUCCUUUUUUUGUUUUAGUAGAAAAGAGUGAUGCCAAAUUUGUUGUUAUAAACGGUAUACUAGCGACAUAAAUUGAGAUGGAAUUUAGUGUAUUUGAAAUGUAUGGAGUGUUACUAAAAACUGGAAAAAAUUUUUUUAAUUGGAUCCCUUUACCUUACUAAUUGGCUUCACGCCUCAGUGUGACCGUUGGCCUAUUUCUCAUCAAAGUUCCGUAUCCUCACAUAUUCAUUGUUCAUAAGUCUUUGGUAACUUGAUCCAACUGAUACUGGGUCUGCUUUUUUUUCUACUGAUGUAUGUUUUGGGAUUCAUGAUUAUCUUAGGCAUUCAUUUUUCGAAUGUGGCCAAACCAUCUUGAUGUUUGAGCUUUAAUGAAUAGGAUAAUGUUUUCAUUACCUAGUAUUUCAUCCCUUUCUCUAUUAUUUUGGAUUCUUCAAUUAGCUUAGUUCAUUCAAAUUCCUUCAUAAUGUUUUUUUCACAAAUAUUUUCAAUCUUUUUGUGUGAACACCCAACAUUCAUCGCUAUAAGUUCUCUAUUUGAGUCCUGUAGAUUUUUAACUUCGUUCUUCUUGUUAUUGGUUUGUUUUUCGGAAUAUUCAGAUUUGCAAAUUAGGUUUUAUCACCAUUUUGUAUUCAUUCUUAUAUGACAGUGGUUGUUUAUAUUUUCUCCUAGGUAUUUAAAUUUAUUGAUAUCUUUGAAAGUUUUACUCUCUAUUAGAUAUUCGGAUAUUAAAAAGUGUUAUUAGAUUUGUUAAAAUUUUUUUUUCAUCUAGUUAUGAUAAUUUUUUUUGUCUAACCCAGACUGAUUUUUUUUUGUUUGAAAUUGUAUUUAUCUACUUUAUACCUGACUAGUCACAAUUAAUUAAGUUUAUAGAAUAUAUUUUUAAUAUUUAAUGCUAUUUCACAGGUUUAUAUAAUCACAUUAUUUGGAAACUUGUUAAUAUACGAGUUUCUAGAAAAUUUUCUGUUCCAAUGUAUCAAAUAAUAAAUUUUUUAAUUCAUUCAAAUAAUUCCUAAACUUACAUAACGCACCUUCGUUCAAAUAGUGUUAUAAGUGAAAAAAUUAGAAAAUCUCUUUCAUUGUACCAUUAGUGCUAGAAAACUUGAAAAUUUGAAUUAAAAUAUUGUCAUGUGAAUAGUUACUAUUACAGUAACUGCCAGUUUUAGAGUUUUCAUCAGGAAAGUGGAAAACGAAAUUAAAAUUCAAUUAUUAUUACUCUAUGGUUCAUUUUUUUUACUUAUGACACUAUUUCACCAGAGGUGUGAUAUAUUUAUUGAUAUGAUUAAUAAUACUAUCAAACUUAUGAAAGCUACAGAAUAUUUGGGGAUUUCCCGAUACUGAAUACUGGAUUUUAUUUCUAUUUAUAAAAUUAUUACAAUGAAAGUGUUAUGAUUUAUCUUCAGGUUUUCUAAAUUCUUAUGAAUGCAUAAACAUGUAAAUACCAAAUUUUCGAUAAUCCUUAUUGAUAAAUAUUCACUAUUUCCAAAUAACUACUAAUGUCAUUUUAACCCUCUACUGCAUGAAUUAUGAUGGUUGUUUAGGCUUUAUUUGGGGGAAAAAUUUACUUGAAAAUGACAAUUCUUCACAAAUAUACACCAAGGGGAAAGAUCAAAUAAAUAAUUUAUUAUUAUUAUUUAUUUAAAUAUAUAUUGAAAAUCUUUUGUCACUGAACGAUCUCAACAUAAUAUUUGUUGUGUUUUAUAUUGUUGUUCCCUUUAAAGCCGGUACUACACGAUGCGUUCAACGUUUGCGUCAACAUUGCGUUCGAACGAACGCCUGAACAUCGACGAACCAAGGCUGGAACCUUACCUAAACUUACUUAAAGAAUUGAAAACGUAGCAAAAAAGUGACGAUAUAUGUAUUUAUGGAUGUUGGUGUCUCGUAUACACAAACGAUCUAUAGUGUCCCCUUUUCUUGCUGCAAUACUGAAGAACCCAGUGUUUACAGUUAAUCAGAAGGUGUUAAUCUCACUCUUUUUGAAACGUCUAGUGGUGCUCUGGAGCUUCGUAGUGCUUCACACUUCGAGAGACUGUGGAUAGAAGGUUUCGUCCUUACAUUAUCUUCUAAGUCUAGCGUCUUCAGGUGAUCGUUGAGGCGAUAGUGUCCCGAUGGAACUCCUGUUAAUAUUCGUAGAUUGUUCUUAAUUACUUACAGCAGAUCUACUCUGGUUAUAGUCUCCCAGAAGAGUCUUUGAUUGUCUCAGCCCGUGUAGAUUGUUCCAAUAAUUGGUUUUGCUCCUAUCUACCUUCUUUUCCAUUGCUUUUUCCAUUGUUGUGUAGCUGAUACCACAGAAGAGCUCAAGUCCCAAAAAGGGCUUGUCUGUCCCUGCUUAGCUCGUUUAAUUUUAUGAUAUUGGAGCUAAGAGCUUUAAUAACUGCUUGUCUAUCGGACAGGAUGAUGAUCUCCUGUUUGCGAUAGUUCCUCUCUAGAUUGAACUGAAUACAUUUUUUUAAAUAUCACCAGCGUACAACAGAUAUAAAUUCUUUUGACAUAAAUUGGAUGAUAUUGGCGACUUUGGUAUUUCAUACUAAACACGUAGCAUUCACGCGCAAAAAUACAAGAAGUGUGUGUAGUUGUAUCACAAGUGUUGGUUCCAAUUUCGUUGCAACUUUUUUGACUUUGUGAAUAAAAAAAUCGACUUUACACGGUCAACAGUCGGAAACAAAAAAUUGGUCGAAUGACAUGCGCACUAUGACUACAAGAUCCAUCCAAAAGUUGUAAGCGUUUGACGCAUCGUGUGAUAGUAGCUUAAGAUAAAUGCGAUAUUUAAAAAGUAUUUUUUAAAUCACGUGAUUUUUUUAAUAUAUAAAUAAAAUUAUUCCAUCACUUAUUAUUUUUUUAUAUGAUUAUUGUUAUAAUUUCUCGCAUUUAUAUUGUUUCUUAUUAAUUUACAUUUUUUUACACAUAUAUGAAAUUAUUUAUACAUUGAUAGUAGUGAUAUAUAUAUAACAUUGUUAUUUUUUUUAAAUAUUUGCUACUUUAAAAGCUUAAAGUAUGUAAAUAUAUUUAUUUCAGCACUAGUAUGGCACUAAAUUGUGGUGUAGGUGGUUGUGUAUUAUUUUUUUUAUAUUGUUAAAAAACCAAAGACUCGUAAGAAAAUUAAAAAUUGUAACAUUCUAUAAAA